AUGGGUUCGCCAAAUGAUAAGAAAUCUCGUUCGGAGUCGCCCGGUGAUGAGAAGACGUUGAAGAUCACGGUGACCAGUGUGAUGCAAGGUGUCAAGCAGACGAUCAUUGAGAUCAAAGAGAAGGAAACAGUUCAAGAUUUGAAGACUCGCAUCGAAAUUGAGACUGAAGUUCUGGCGAAUCGUCAGAUUCUGCUUUUCAAGGGAAAAGAGUUGAAGGAGGGAAACAAGGCGCUUGCUGAAUAUGGAAUCACUACGAAUGCUACAGUAACAAUGAAUGUUAAAAUGAGCACCGGCUUGUUUACAAAUCCCACCGCCACUGACAUGAUUCUCAUGAUGCCUCCAAUUUUUCCAAGUAACCAGGAUCAACUUCGUAAGCAGAUCAAAGGAAUGAAUACGGUGCAUCGUAAGCCGAAGAAGAUGAGCGAUAAGGAUGCGACAGCGAAUAUUUGGACACCCGAGAAGCAGAUGGAACACGAGUUGACCAGAAACCGUAUGAAGACGUUGCUUCGUCGUAAGAAACACGCGCCGAUUUUGUCGAAUACGCCGGUGGAGUCGGAAGCCGGUUCGGUUCAAUCAUUCUCGCCAGUUGCCACUCCACCAUCUGAACUUACUGUAUCCACUGUAUCCGCCAUGUCUCCAUCCGGUACCAGUGUCAGCUCGAUGAGUAGCGUUGAAGGUGGUGGUGAUGAGUCGAAUGUUACAGAAAAAGAGCUCAAGGCAAGUCGGUUUGUGCUUCUAUAUAUCUACAUGUCCGCCUCAUUUCAGCUCUUCUUCGAUCCGCCUGAAACCAUCGAAGAAUACAAACGAGCUCGUCGCUCGAUGUAUCUCCCACCGAGUACUGAAUCCGAAUUGUUGGAUUAUGUGAAGAGAUUCGAGGAGGAGAGAAAAACCAAGUGUAAUACUUGCUUCAAAAAGCUCUCCGCCGCUCAACAAACGAUGCGUUGCAAAUGCUUCAGAAUUUUCUGUGAUCGUCACCGUAACCCACAGAACCAUACGUGUGUCAUUGACUAUAAGCAGGAUGGGCGUAUCAAGUUGAAGAAGAAUCACUCGAAAGUUGGAGAUGGCGGAUGUCGGAAGGCGAAGUUUGAGGAGGGAGAGGAGAAAAAGAAGGCAUAG